CAUUCAGAAAAAUGAGCUCCCUCAACAAGUUGGCUAUCGACCAGUUGAACCUCGCCGGAAAGCGAGUUUUGAUCCGUGUUGACUUCAAUGUCCCACUCAAGGAUGGCAAAAUCACCAACAAUCAACGUAUUGCUGCCGCUGUUCCAACCAUUCAGCAUGCUCUUAGCAACGGAGCCAAAUCUGUCGUUUUAAUGUCACAUUUGGGACGUCCAGAUGGCAGACGCCAAGACAAGUACACCUUGAAACCAGUUGCUGAAGAGUUGAAGGCUCUCUUGAAAAAAGAUGUUCUCUUCCUCGACGACUGUGUCGGAUCAGAAGUGGAGGCUGCAUGCGCCGAUCCAGCUCCUGGAUCAGUCAUUCUCCUUGAAAAUCUUCGUUAUCAUCUGGAAGAGGAGGGCAAAGGAGUCGAUGCAUCCGGUGCCAAGGUUAAGGCUGAUUCAGCAGCCGUAAAGAAAUUCCGCGAGUCUCUCACCAAGCUUGGCGAUAUUUAUGUCAAUGAUGCUUUCGGAACCGCUCACAGAGCCCAUAGCUCCAUGGUUGGAGUCGAGCACUCACAACGUGCAAGUGGAUUCUUGCUCAAGAACGAGCUCUCCUACUUUAGCAAGGCCCUCGACAACCCAGCUCGUCCAUUCCUGGCCAUCCUUGGAGGAGCUAAGGUCGCUGACAAGAUUCAGUUGAUCAAGAACUUGUUAGACAAGGUUAAUGAGAUGAUCAUCGGCGGAGGAAUGGCCUAUACCUUCUUGAAAGUUGCCCAGGGAGUCAAGAUCGGAAACUCUUUGUACGACGAAGAAGGAGCGAAAAUUGUGAACGAGCUUCUUGAGGCUGCCAAGGCAAAGGGAGUUCAAAUCCAUCUCCCAGUGGAUUUCGUCAUUGCUGACAAGUUCGCCGAGGACGCAACCUCGAAGACCGUCACCGCCGAGGAAGGUGUUCCAGAUGGCCACAUGGGACUUGAUGUUGGGCCGGAAUCUUCUAAGAUCUUCGCCGCUGCCAUUCAACGCGCCAAAACGAUUGUCUGGAACGGUCCAGCAGGAGUAUUCGAGUUUGAUAAAUUCGCCACAGGCACCAAGUCAUUGAUGGAUGAAGUUGUCAAGGCCACCGCUGCCGGAGCCAUCACAAUCAUUGGAGGAGGUGACACUGCGACCGCCGCCAAGAAGUAUAACACGGAAGAUAAGGUGUCUCACGUCUCAACUGGAGGUGGAGCCAGUUUGGAAUUGCUCGAAGGAAAAGUUCUGCCAGGAGUUGAUGCUCUUUCGCCAGCUCAAUAAUUUUCUAAUUUCUAUUGUUUAUUCCUUGCCCAAUAGUGUAUUUGUAUUUAUUCUUUCUCUCUCUAAAAACUUUCCCACAUUAGUCUUGAAUUGUUCCCAGUGAUUUCACAAUCUUCCAUGUAACAUGAAGUAUAAAUAAAGUGUAUAACUAU